UGUCUGUUAGAACCACCCACUCGGGUGUUUCUCAGGAUUAUAGGUUUUUAGGUCAAACAGAAACCCUGGGAAACGCCUGAAAAAGCCAAACACAACAGUUAACUUUAUGCACAAGCUGCAUGAGGGCGACCCCGCGGCUGUUGUGUGAAGCAGAGGCUGCUGAGCCUGGGCUUGACUGAGCUGCUCUCCCUGCAAGUGCCCGGCCAGGAGCUCCUGCUGGUCCGGAGAGGAGGCCAGAGCCCGGCUCUCAGCAGCUGCUGCAGCCGAGGGGUUUCUGUCCUGCUGAGGGUUUUCGCCGGCUCCUUCAUUCAUUCCAGCAGCCUGAACCUCGGGCCCUCCACGCCCGCUUUCUUUGUAGUCCUCAGGCGGUUCCACCAUGGAUGAGACACAGGGGCCUCUGGCCAUGACCGUGCAUCUCCUUGCCAACUCGGGGCACGGCUCGCUUCUGCAGCGGACUCUGGACCAGCUCCUGGCUUGCAUUUGCCCAGAGGUCCGUCUCUUUCUGGUGUCUGAGCGGGUCAGCCCGGUGAAAUCCUAUGAAAAGGCCCACCCCAGGCGAUCCCGCUUCCCGGGGAUGUCUGUCCUGCUCUUUCUGCACGAAAGCCUCGGAGAGGAGCGGCUAUUUCGCGCCCUGGACUCCCUCCAGCGCUCGCCGUGGCAGUGCUACCCCACCCGGGACGCCCAGGGCAGGCUGUGUCCCUACCUGCUGGCCAAUCAGGAGUUCUACAGCCUGGACAGCCAGAUGCCCGUCUGGGGCGUGAGGCAGGUGCACCGGGGCGCGGAGAUCCUCAGGGUGACGCUCUACUGCAGUUUUGAUAACUAUGAGGACGCCAUCAGGCUCUACGCGAUGAUCCUGCAGAGAGAAGCCACCUUGCAGAAGAGUAAUUUUUGUUUCUUUGUGCUCUACGCCACCGAGAGCUUUGUCCUGCAGCUCGCCCUGAAGCAGCUGCCCCCCGGCAUGUCGGUGGACCCGAAAGAGUCUUCGGUGCUGCAGUUCCAGGUUCAGGAGAUCGGCCAGUUAGUGCCUCUCCUACCCAAUCCCUGCGUUCCCAUCAGCAGCACGCGGUGGCAGACUCAGGACUACGAUGGCAACAAGAUUCUGCUUCAGGUCCAGUUGAAUCCAGGAGUUGGUGUUAGGAACGGAGAGCUUUCUUUCCCGAAUGGUACCGCAGGAGCUGACAUGCUUCUCCAGGGCUCCAGGCAGACUCCUAUCUCUGCAAAGAGGACCCUAGAACCAAGGGGCCGGAGGAGCCGGGCCAGGAGGUUCCAGGUGCAUUCUUUGGAGCUUCCUGAGCCCAGUGGGAGCCCAGUAGCAGUUAGCUCUAGUGGCACUUUGUGGAAACACCCCGGCUGGUCAUUCCAGGCUAGCAGCCCCCCCACAAGUGCCCAGCUGCAUCUGCCUUCUCCCCACCUUGAACCCGGGGCUAGAAUGAAGGUGCUCAGCUGGGAAAACAGCUUUCAGAAGCUUGAGGAAGAGACUAAUGUUGACACUGGGUUCACUGCCAUCAAUUCUGAACCUGGGCAAUCUUUUUUGAGCAGGUUUCCAAGAGAUUUGCAGACCAGCCAGCCAGCACCCUGCUUGCCAACCUCUUCCGUAGGGGUGGCUACCUCCAAAACCAGCAGAGUCCUUCAGGAAAGAGUCUAUCCCUUAUCACUGGCUGGACAAAGGGUCAUUGAUACAACAAAGAUAACCUCAAAAUGUCCCCUUCCUCUGCAAGUCCAGGGUAAAGAAAAAGAAGAAGAAGAAGAAUUCUUUAUAUAGUAUAAAACAAAUGUGGUUUUCUAAAACACAAGAUCAGAUAGAAUGUUCUAGAAAUGGAACACUGACCCAGAAUCAACCUGUUUUUUGCUCUUCUGAGGGGGCCCAAAUGCUGUGCUAGUGCUACCCAUGCACAGAUCUGUAUUGUUUUUUUUCAGAUGUUCAAAAUCUAAAGGUGCUGGGAGUGAUUGUUUAUUUACCAUCAAAGUCAUAAGAGAACACAACCAAUGCACAAGAACAAAGCCCAGUGCUUGUGUUCCCUGGAGGUGCACUAACCCCACUGGAGGUGUUGAAUUCAGCACCUAUCAGGAUAAUUGCAUUGUAUGCAAAUGAAUUGGAUGUGUUAUGCAAUGCUGAUUAGUGUAUGUAAUUUGGUUUUAAUUUUUACUUGGGUUGCAUAGCUCAUCCCCCUGGACAGGAUGGACUACUAUUUAUUCUUUAGUGCUUUUUAAUUUUUAUGUGACCUCCUUUGGUAACCAGGCACUGUUCAUCAC